AUGGUAUAUGAUGCUGAUCUUUACACCCAGAGGAGCUCGACAGAAAAUAAAACUCCGACAGCUUUGACAAAGAAGAGCCAACUCUCGACUCGGGAGACUAAGAAAGCACCAAAGCCAGUCCUCAAAAGUUCCACCAUAGAAUGCCUCGCAAAUGCUCGGAAUACUUCAAAGGUCGCGCCGGCUAAAUCGAAAUCAAGCCAGCCGAAAAAGUCGACAUCAAAGGAAAACAGUUCUUCAACCACUCAGAAGGCAGCUCAAGCUAAGGAAAAGAAAUCAUGCACAAACAAAGUCAAAGCUUCAGAUACAAAAAAUGGCACAAAUAAAGUACAUUCAAAUGGCUGUAAUGCACAAGGAAAAAAGGACUCCAAAGAGGUCACAGUAGCACGGCCAACAGAACCAGCAGCAGCCGAAGCAACUCUGCCUACUGACAUCGUCGACGAUUUCAAGGACAUUCAAGAGCUGCAGACUACUCCAGUAGAAAAAACUGAAGGAAAUGCAACUUCGAAGGAAAAUAUGGUUACCGAAGAUAAGCCAAUGCAAACAGAUCAUGUAAAAGGUGGAAGUUUGGUUACAGAAGAUAAGUCGAUGCAAAUAGAUAAUGCAAAAGGCGAUGAAGAAUUCACUAAGGCAUCUAAAGUUUUUUCUGUCGAUAACAUAGCACCGGAAGGAUUCGGCAAAGAUAUUCUCGAGACGACGGUUCAUCCGGUGCUGCCAAUGCCUGUCAAGUCCGUUCGGUUUUCAACCGUAAACAUCAAAUAGGUCGGUGAAACUAACGAGAAAAUUCAGCCUCUAACCGUCUCCGAAAAAGAGAUCUCAAUUCCGCCUUCCAAUGAUGGAAUAGAGAAGGACUCGAUGCAUACCAAGAAGAAAUGGAACAAUGAUGAAAGCCCUCCUAAAGCGGCCAAAGGGUUUAGAAAGCUCCUCCUCUUUGGAAGAAAAAGCAAAAGCUAUUAUACUACUUAGUGUGU